AUGCAUUCAACUACAACGAACCUGCCAAAUAAGGUUCAAUUUUUGUUGGAACAAGUUGGAGACUUAACACAGUUGAAUGUGACAGAUCGAAAACAGUCGAAAGGGGUUAUAACAGAUAUCCAACAAACGAUUGGAUCGACAUAUGGCGGUAAUUACAAACUAAAAUGGGUACAGCAACCUCGUUCAGUUUUUGUUGUUAAAAAACCAUCGAGCGAAUCAACGGAGAAAACGUUUGUGGAAUUAAUAAAUUGGCUACACGAUAAAUAUCCUCAAAUUAAUAUAAUAAUCGAACAAGAAGUUGCAAAAGAAUUUCAAAAUAGACUACCAUUUGUAUACAUUAUACCCAAAGGGCAAAAAGAUGAAUAUGCACGAGUCGUAGAUUUUAUUAUUGCUCUGGGGGGUGAUGGUACUAUUUUACAUGUAUCUUCACAAUUCAAUCAUUCCGUUCCACCUAUUAUCUCAUUUUCGAUGGGAACACUUGGUUUCUUGUUACCAUUUCAUGUUCGACACUAUGAGUCGGCAUUGGAAUCUUUGAUCAAAGGUGAUGUCCCCUUGUUACUGCGAAUGAGAUUGGCAUGUUCAAUUUGGAACGCAGAAAGAAAGAGAAUUUUGUGGAAUGAUCAAGAAAUCGGACAUAUACAAGCCAUGAAUGAAGUAAACUUACACAGAGGACGUUUUCCGCAUUUAACAGCAAUUAAUUGUUUUGUUGAUGAACAAUUCCUAACUAAUGCAGUGGCGGACGGCUUGAUUGCUGCCACACCCACUGGUUCAACAGCGUAUUCAUUAUCUGCUGGCAUUAUUCUCUUAACACCGAUAUGCCCACGGUCAUUAUCAUUUCGGCCAAUUUCAUUACCACCAACCGCGAAAAUUAAAAUGGAGCUUAGUGAGGAAAGUCGUUCACCAUUAGAAGUAACUGUUGACGGUAGAGUAAUAUGCAUGUUAGAUAAAAAAGAUUUUUUAGAGGUUGAAAUGUCACCAUAUCCAAUUCCAUGUGUUAACCGCGUUGGUGAGGGCGUGGAUUGGGUUAAAGAUAUUAACGAGUUGUUAAAGUGGAAUCAGAAUUUUGUGAAUAAGCAGCUACUUACUCAUUGGUGGUGA